AUGGAACGAUAUUUAGAUCCAAACCGUCACAGCGAGGCACAUUUCCGUUCGCCUUUUGCUUUUUGGACGUUGGGUGUUAUCAGUGUUAUAUUAUCAACAUUAGCCGAUGCUGGCAAUCUAAUCAAUUUAUUUGUUCUUACUCGACGGCAUAUGCGAUCGACAAUGACAACACUCUUGGUAACACUGGCUUGGGCUGAUCUGGUUCCGCCAUCUGUAGUUUCAAUGAAUAAUAUCUUAUUCUACUAUUUUUUGCCACAUUUAAAUCAUUCAUCAACAUUUCUCACCAUACAUAUGCUAACAAGAGCUAUUUUUAAUGUUCUAGCGAAUAUAUUCACCACAUUCAGCAAUUGGCUUAUUGUACUCAUUACAACAUUUCGAUUAAUUGUUGUCAAGAAACCAUUGGUAGCAAAGCAUUAUUGUAAUCGGCGCACUGCUCGGUAUGCAAUUCUUCUUAUAUUAAUCUUAUCUAUCACUGUUAAUCUGCCGUUAUUCUUCUUUACGAACAUCCGUGCCUUUUGUACGCAUAAUGGUUUAGUUAAAUACUAUAGUUUUGAACUCUCGAGUAUUCUUCGCAGUCGCUUUUUCUCUCAAUUAUUCUAUCCGACAAUGGUUAUUAUCUCUCUCCUGAUUCCAUGGUUGAUAUGUUUCCUAAUUUGGUUGUUUCUAAUUCGUGCCUUGCGUUCGGCUCAAAGUCAAUUAUCGACCAAGAAUGUUAAUACAAGCUUCCGAAAUGAUCGCAAACAAGAUACAUAUUUUCGUAUUACAUUGAUGAUCGUCUGUGUUCUAACUGUUUAUAUGAUAUGUCGUAGUGCACAUCUUCUGGAAGUUAUACAUAUCCUAAUAGCUCCAUUAUUCAGUCGAGAACAACAGAUUUAUUUCAAUCAAAUUCGCAUUAAGUUAUUCUGCAUAUCAAAUAUAAUGCUGACGAUUAAUCAUGGUGCAAAUUUUUAUAUCUACUCCAUCAACCCCAAAUUUCGGUUAACUUUAAGAUUGUAUCUGACAUAUUAUUUUCGUCGAUGUCGGAUCAAACGACGACAAGCGUUUACAAUAUUUCACUUACGUCGGAAGAGAACCAAUGAUAGUCUCGAUAUAUUAAGUACACAAAAUGAGUUAAAUCGUUCGAUUAUGAUGACAACGCCGAAUUUGAACGGAAGAAAUGAUGUCGCGCAAAACAAAGCAAACAACAAAGCUAGUUUCAAUAGAAAGAACGGCAAUCAACUUCAUCAAACGAAUAGUAUACGAACACCGCAGAAAUAUUUGAGACAAUUCGUUGAAAUCAACUCCACAAAUGAGAAUUCCGAAAAAAGUUAUGUUUGGAAAGAAAUUGAACAUCGAUUGAAAAAUCAACGGAGAAAUUGA